CCAUAUGUGUGUUCACUAGUCUUUUCUCCAACUGUCUUUCCCUGCCAGUAUGUCACAGGAGCUCUACUGCUUGAGGGACUAUAAGACUCUAUGACUGUAUGGCACAUCUUCACAUCCUGAAAAUAGGGAUAUGCAGCUGAAGACGAAUUUGCUUGUUGCUUGUGCCACAGCAAGACGAGAGUGAGGGAGUCAUAUCACGCUUAGGGUCUAUAAAUAGCAAGGGCCAAAGCAUUUUUGUCACACGGGUCCAGUCGGUAACAGACACUUUGCGAUAUAUAGGAGUUGCUUCAGCCUGCCUGUGGGAAUAUGCUAUCUUCAGGUUUGCCCCAAGAGCUUUCACUGAUUCAAUGAAGAAUGGCAGAGGUGUAUGGGCAGCAAGUACAAGCAAAAGGAAAUAGAGGAAGGCUCCAGUACCUGAAGGCGUACUACCAAAACCAAACUCAUUGAGCACAACAAGGUCAACAGAAACCAACAACAGGCCUAGUGGCUUCCCAAUUGAUCAUUGGUCUCUAGAGGAGAAGGCUAAGGUUGCCAAGCUCCCUGCUGCUAUUACUGGAAACUACCCAACCUAGUGGAUCAGUAUGGUCAUUGCCUUGGAAGUUCUUCAAGCAACAAGAAGGCAAUGAGUGAAGAAAGUAAUGGAAAUGCAUUAUAUCUACUUGAUUAUUCUGUGUUUUCAACCACAGUUUGAUGGCAAACCUUGGAUUAAGCAAGAGCACACACAGGCUUACUGAUGUUCCAGAGGAGAGCAGAGGGAGGUGAACUUGUGUGAAAAAAAACUGAUAGAUUUGCUGACACAUUUCAGACUGUGGAAAAUCAAUUGUCAUAAGAGUAGAGGUAGUCUUGGAAGUAUGCAGAAUGGAUUGGGCCACGUCAUGGAGGCUCAUGAAUGUUGCACUGAAAAGGGACAAAAGUCUUUGGGAUCAAGGCUGUUCCUACACUGAAAAUGACAUAAAGGAUAAAUGGGUGGUUCCUCAAAAUGGCCCAACUGGGUUUAGAGGAUGGAGUGACUCUUGGAUACCUGAGGGGGGGAGAAAUGAUGGUGAAACCAAUGGGCCCAUGUUUGGGCCACUGGCUCAACUGAGAUGCCUUGAAGCAUCACACCACCAAAAUGAAGAGAAAUGCUCUUCUGAAUGGCGUGAGUCCUGGAAGAGCGUAAAAUACACUGAAAUUGAGGAUGCGAGCCUUGAGGGAAAUACAUCCCAAAAUGAUGAUCAACAGUCUGAUUACGAAAAUGAGGAUGUGAGCUCUGAGGAAAAUAUGUCCCAAAAUGAUGAUGAUCAAGAGUCUGAUGAUGAAGAUGAGGAUAUGAGCUCUGAGGAAAAUAUGUCCCAAAAUGAUGAUGAUCAAGAGUAUCAAGAGUCUGAUGAUGAAGAUGAGGAUGUGAGCUCUGAGGAAAAUAUGUCCCAAAAUGAAGAAGAUCAAGAGUAUGAUGAUGAAGAUGAGUAUGUGAGCCUUGAGGAAAAUACAGCUCAAAAUGAAGAAGAUCAAGAGUAUGAUGACAAAGAUGAGGAUGUGAGCUCUGAGGAAAAUAUGUCCCAAAAUGAAGAAGAUCCAGAGUAUGAUGAUGAUGAUGAUGAAGAUGAGUUUGUUAGCCUUGAGGAAAAUAUUUCCCAAAAUGAUGACGAUCAAGGGUAUGAUGAUGAAGAUGAGGAUGUGAACCUUGAGGAAAAUAUGUCCCAAAAUGAAGAAAAGCAAGAUCCUGACAUCGAACAAUCGAUUUUGAAGUGGGGGGAAUCCUGGAAAUAUUUACAUCAUCAGUUCCAUUCUCCUCCUCCACCGCCCCCUCCAAAAACCUCAGAGAGUCCAGGAUGGGACGAGGCUUGGAGGAUAUCGAGACCACUAAAGACUAUUGAGCUUUCAGAAAGUGAAGCUGAUGAAACGGAUUACAAUGAACCACUAGACCCCUAUAUUCAUGGUGUGAUAAUACCUGUAUGCAAGACUGAGAAAUACAAAUUCUGGGGUGCACAGUCCUGUGAGGGAAUCACUGCCUUGGCUGAAUGGGAAACGUCUUGGGAGGUUGCUAAAAACCCACUCUUUCUAGAAAAUGUGAAACUCAAAGAGGAAAUGGAGUCAAUGGAAGAGGAAAUGGAAAGUGAGGACAUAGAGGAAGAAGACAGUGAACCUGAUGGAUUACCUAAAAGGCUCCAGGCCAAAGACAAAUUUAGAAAUCGGCUUAAACGUAUGAAUCCUCUAUCACAACGUGAUUUUCCCUCUAAGUGGAAGGAGGCAUGGAAAUCCCCUAUAUCUCCACCUAAGACAGAUCAUUGGGCAGAGCCAGAUAAUACUGUUGUACUGACUGGACCAAUGAUUCCUCAACCACCUUUGAAGAAAAGAGGCUGGACUGAUUGGGAUGAAUCGUGGAAAUGCUCAAGUUUCCAAUCCAGUUUUAGGCCCUCAGCCACUGAGUGGAAAGAUUCAAGCUGUUUAGGUUAUGAGCUAAGAACAGGUAGAGAACAGUGGAUGAAGGAGAUAGGCAAUGAGAAAUAUCAGGAUGAAUCUGAAAGAUAUGACGUAUUUGGUCUUCCAAAAAGGAGCAUAAAAGCAGAGAUGCAGGGGAACUACACAAUUUCACCUGAAUGCAAAGAGUCCUGCAAGUCUUUAAAGCAUCAGACCAGAACUGAGGAAGUCAGAGCUAGACCUAAUCAAUCAAAGCCAUUUAGAGAGCAUGAGAUUGGAGAAACACCCGAAUCUGACUGGGCUGAGGCAUUUAAUCUCACAAAUGGUACAUUAAACCAGGACAGCAGCAUUUGGGAUCAAGGCUGGUCUUCCACCAACAUUUUCAGACAAGAAAGAUGGAUAAAACAACUUCAAGUCCUGAAUGAGGAGGAGCCUCACAAUGGCUCAAAUGGAUUAACAGGAUGGACAGAGUCUUGGAGGUCCACCAGCAGACAGAACAUUCUAGAGGAUGCAACUGCAGCACAACCUGCUCAGCAACAGCAGCAGUAUUCUACCCCAUUAUACCAGCAGCAGUAUUAUACCCCAUCUUCAGCAGAAUGGGGGGACUCCUGGAGGUCUUCAAGCACUCAGUUCAGACAGACCCUCCAUGAUGUAACCCCCAUGAUAGAGGGUCCAGAUUCAACAGACUUCUCUGGAUUCAACCGAUAUGAUACAAUCUCAGAGGACAAUAGGAUUAAAAAAUAUAUGGAGAUCCAGCCGGGGAAAAGCCUCCAUCGUGACCUACAAUUGGGACAGUUCAGCAUAUCUUUAAACCCUGAUGUGUUUAAGGAGAGUGUUACUCCAUCAGAAUGGAUUGAGUCUUGGAGAGUGGCAACACUUCAGAGACACCACAACAGAUUGGCUUUGAAAAGUAACUCCCACUUGUUUGCCCCUCUUCUUAACGCAGAGGAAGUUCCACCCUGGUGCAGAACCUGGAAGUUCAUCAAUCUUCUUCCUCGGCAGCACAAGCCAUUCUGGGACAAAGAUCAUGAAAACUUUGAAGUGGAAAUAUGGCCGCCUCCAGUGCCUGAGUAUGUUCCGCCCUCAUAUACAGCAGAGGAAGAAGAGCCAGAUCAGAGUGCAUCAUGGAGGAUUUGUAGCCCACAGCCUCUAGAGUGGGAUGACGCUCCUAAAGUAUUCCAUCGUGAAGAUGAAGUGCUAUGGUCAAGGAGAAGGUGCAAUGAUGAUAUCUUUUCUUAUCUUAACACAGAGAUACUCUCACAGGAAUUAUGGGGCCAGUCUUGGAGAUUUAAGAAGCUAGAGAGUAGUCCCAUGCCCCAGACUGAGCCCGAACCAAGCUUAAUUAUAAUGUCGAAAAUAGAUAAAGCCAAGGUUGACAUUCAUUCUCAAAUGGAGGAAACAAAACCAUUUGCCCCAAUGUGGGCUAGAGCUUUGAAGUUGUCCAUGAUAAAAAUCUGGCGGGUUCAAGGGGCACAAAGAGGAGGCAGUUCCUCUCGUGUGGUGCCCACCUGCCCUACCCCGGUGCCCAGCCGCCCUUCACCGGCACCCAAACGCUCUGACCUGGCUAGCCGUUUUCUCAUGCUUGUCAACCGCCCUUCCCUACUGUCCAACCGCCCUUCCCACAAGUGCUCUUCCCAGUUGUCCAACAGGCCUUCUAUCGUGCCAGCAUGGUUGAAAAAGUUUGUCUAAAGUGCCCACUUUAGUGUCUUAAUAAGUGCAUUUGUACUGGAGAAAUGAUGAUUUCAUGCCCUCCAAGGUGCCUUGCAACGUUCUAAACUUCCCAAUAGGCAUCCUCCCAAGCCAUUAUAAAGUAUCCUUGCUCUAUGAUGCUUUAAAUGAGAAUGUCCUAAUGGGUGUCCUUUCCAGUAGAGAGGAUCAGAUGCAGUGCGGUAUAGGAUACUACAGGUGAGAAAACAUGAUGAAGUAUCCAAUUAGAUGCUUGUCUACUGGAGAGGUAGAUAAUGGAUAAAAAUGUGAUGCAGUGCUAUAAAGUAUGUUGCUAAAUGCUUGAGAAUGUGGGAAAGUUCCUUAAUGGAUGCUCCUCAAGUGGAGAACAAGUGAUCUUGUACCAUUUAGCUUAAG